AUGUCCGACAACAAGAAGCAGGAGCGCGACUAUACGCCAGAGGUGGAUGCGCUCCUUCCAGAGGCGGAGGCGCUUGUGAAGAGCGGUAAACUACAAGAGGGAAUUGACAAGCUCUUUGUGUUGGAGAAGCAAUCACGAAAUGCCUCAGACGCCAAGUCCACGACGCGCCUAGUCAAGGCGAUCGUGCAGCACGCUUACGAUGCGCGCACCUUCGAAGUCCUCAACAACAGCAUACAAACAUUGAGCAAGAAGCACGGACAAUUGAAGUCGGUCAUUCAGGCGAUGGUGGAGCAAGUGAUCGCCUGGCUGCCUGAGGUCAAGGAGCGUGACGGCACGGACAAGUGGUUGGAACUUCUCGAGACCUUGCGGACGGUCACCGAGGGGAAGAUCUUCCUUGAGACCCCUCGCGCCCGCGUCACCCUCCUCCUCUCCCACUACUAUGAGGCGCAAGCCAACGAGACCGCCUCCGUCGAGAAGCGGAAAGAACUCCUCAUUAAGGCCUCCGAGAUCCUCUCCGAGCUCCAGGUCGAGACCUACUCGUCCAUGGAGCGCCGCGAGAAGACCGAGUUCAUCCUCGAGCAAAUGCGCCUGCUGAUCUCCGUCGCGCGCAUCAAGGAUGCGGAGUCGGCGAAGAAGGAGGAGAAGGACGCGCUCGGGGGCGGUGAGGGCGAGUGGGUGAAGGUGCGCGUGGGCGGGCGGAAGGUCAAUGAGGAGUUUUUGAAGGAGAAGGAGAAUGAGGUGCAGCAGGACUUGAAGCUCAAGUACUACGACCUCAUGAUCCAGCAUGCGUUGAACGAGCGGGAUUAUCUGGCAACCGCAAAGUACUACGAGAAGGUGUGGCAAACACCUUCAAUCAAGGACGAUGUGAACGACAAGGGCAAGGCUGCCCUCGAACACAUCAUCUACUACGUCGUACUCGCACCGCACAGCAACGAGCAAUCCGACAUGCUGCACCACCUCUACAACAACCCGGCUCUGCUCAAGCUUGAGAUGCAAUACAACCUCGCAAAAUGCUUCGUUACACCCGAGCUCAUGCGCUGGCCGGGUAUCGAGUCGCUGUAUGGCACCUUCCUACGGCAAACAACAGUCUUCAGCAACCAGCAACGCUGGGAAGACUUGCACAUGCGCGUUAUAGAGCACAACAUCCGCGUCGUCGCCAUGUACUACACUCGCAUCACGCUAGAGCGACUCACCUCCCUCCUCGACCUCUCACCCGAGGAAACCGAGAAGACGCUGUGCAGAUUAGUCGUCGGCGGCACUGUGUGGGCACGCGUGGACCGACCCGCGGGGAUCGUGAACUUCCGCGCGAAGAGGACGGCGGAGGAGGUGAUGAACGAUUGGAGCUCGGAUAUGCAAAAGUUGCUGGGGCUGGUGGAGAAGACGUGGAUGGGAAUGAAUGCUGCGCAGGCGGCACAGGCACGGGUGAAGGCGACGUCGUCAGCGUAG